AAAGAAAAAAAUUAUAAGAACCAAUAGGCUAAUGUAUGUUGCAUUAUGUCUCCUCUCUUCUGAGAAAAAAAAUAUGUUUAUUCAGACACUGAAAGAUGGAAAAGUGUUUAUUCAUCCUCCUUAUUGUCCUGCCGGGGAUCUGUUAUUCGUCAGAGAAUUUUGAUUUAGAUAAUGUAAACGUAGAUGCUACAACAAUCGCUACUACAACCUCUUCCUGGGUACCCAAUAGAGAAAUACCAGACUCUGGUUUUUUAGACUCUACCGCUGAUACAUGGGCAGAUAUCUAUGGAGAGACGACGACACCCUUUUCCACUACACCUACAACAGCAGAGGUGACUCCCAGUGUGCCGGGGGAACAUCUGGAUAUCAAAACUACCGAGCAAAGCUCAAGAGAAGUUGCUCCUGAUUCAGAAGAGGAGGAGGAGGAUAGUGAUGAUGACAGUACGAGUGAUUUAUCAUCAGCUGAGAUACGCAAGUUUACACAAGGAAUAAUGUCAUUCAGUGCUGAUCUUCUCAAACAAGUAGAUGUGGACUCCAACAAACCUAAUGUGGUCAUGUCGCCUCUUAGCAUUGCCCUAGGACUACUCCAGCUGUCACUAGGAGCUGGAAAAGAAACAGAAAAGCAGCUACGGGAGACGCUCCAUAUGGAAUCAGUGAAAUGUCUUCAUGGCAAACUUAAGGCCAUCCGAAGAGAGCUUACCAAGACCGCUCUGAAAGUGGCUACUCGCAUAUACAUUAAAAAAGAUUUUCAUGUAAAAAAAGGAUUUCUGAAAGCAUCUCAUAAGUGGUAUGGAUCAAAACCUCAGAAUCUGGACAAGAAUGUACAGAAGAAUCUGAACUCCAUCAACAAAUGGGUCAGUGAAGCAACAGACGGGAAGAUCACAAACUUUCUUACUCAGCUUCCAGCUGACCUUGUGCUAAUGCUUCUCAAUGCCAUACACUUUAAAGGAGUUUGGAGAAAUAAAUUUGACCCCAGCAUGACUGUUCCGGACACAUUUCACAUAAAUGAUCACCUCACAGUCCCAGUGGAGAUGAUGAAUGCUCAAAAAUAUCCACUCAGUUGGUUCAUUCAAGAAUCUCUGGAUAGUCAGGUGGCCCGAUUGCCUUUCAAAGGAAACAUGAGUUUUAUUGUUAUAAUGCCACUUACUUUUGAUUGGAACAUCUCUAAAAUUCUAGACAAUCUUAAUCAAUCUGAACUCUACAGUAGAUUCCCUAAGGAGAAACCAACAGUGCUAAGAAUGCCAAAACUAACGUUGGAUUUCAAACUGGAGCUCACACAGACUCUAACCAAGCUUGGACUUGGUCAACUGUUUACUAACCCAGAUCUAAAGGGUAUCUCAGAUGAGGCCUUGUUUGUGUCAAGUAUUCAGCACCAAUCAACUCUGGAGCUGAAUGAGGAGGGAGGGGAAGCCGCAGCAUCCACAGCUAUCCUCAUGUCUCGCUCUUUAGCCACAUACAGUAUCAACAGGCCCUUCCUAUUCUUCCUCUUUGAUGACAUAACAGGUCUACCUCUGUUCCAGGGCUAUGUCCGUGACCCUAACCCUAACUCUGAGAAAAAAAUAAAAGAGCAAAUCCAUUUUCCUGACCAUAAAAGUGGCAAAAAGGGCUACUUGCCAAAAUAGAAAAUCUGAACAUGACGAAGAGUUAACUCCAUUCUUAACAAAGAGACUGAGCACCGCAAAGGGAAAACAACACAAGACUUGCAUUGAAAAAAGAUGGAAAAAUCUGCAUCAUAUGUUACAUUAAAAUAAGCAACAACAAAAAAAGCAUAUCAAAUAAUAAUGUUGUGUGAUUAUCCUGAGCCUGUUGUGUUUUCCUUUUAUCAAUAUGUUUCUGGGUUUACAAAAUAGAACAUUUUAUUAAGACACUCUUAAGGGGCAGUUAUAGCUGAAACACUACAUGCUCGAAUUUAUCAGAGUGUGCAAUUUUAAAACUACAGACCCUGUAAUGCUAUGUGUUUAACACCCAUAAAGGAAAAAGCUGGGCCAAGUGACUAGCGCUGCUGAUUGGUCAGCUGCAGUUUCCACAUAGCAUUACAUGAUUGGUAGUUUUAAAAUGACAUGCUCUUACAAAUUACAAACAUUUUUAGACUAUAAUGGCCCUUUAAAAUUAACCAACUACCUAUUAUUGUUCUUAUUCACAAAUAAACUGUAAUGUUGUAGUUCAUGUGAACUUACCUUGUCUUUUCCUAUAGUGUGCUUAAGUGCUUCAAUUCUUUUGAAAAAUAGGACUACAUGAGGCUAGUUAUCAUUUAUACAUCCAGAAUGGAGAGUUUUGAAGAAUGUGUAUUUUUGUUUUAUACUGCACUGUACCAAGUAAGAGUUUCAUCACUUCUUACAAAUGCAUCAGGUAAAAACCUAGUGGCUACAGUGAUAUUUAUCAUUUUAUGUAUGACAACUGUCAGUUUUGAGUGUGGUUUAUUAAAAUCAUAUUGUAUAA